GUAAUCUGACAUUUUAAAGAUUUUGCUCCCCAUGAAGAGGAAACAUUUCAAGGGAACCCGGGAUGUAAAAGAAGAAACCUUCCCGGGCAUCUCCAUGGAUGGCAUGCUGGUCCAUCCCUCACUGAGAAGACCAUGAUGUCUUCUAAUCUCUUGGGUGUUUCCACGUUCUCCAGCAAGAAUUCUUCCUCUUCAUUUUGUGCCAUGGGAAAAACCUGAAGGACAGGCACCCCUGAACUCUUGGCUUUUUCCACUGUUGCAGUGGCUCUUAGAGAACAUGACAAUUGGAGAUCACUUCCGUUUGCUGUCGUUCAGGGUAGAACCAAAGACUGUGCUUCCUCAUUCUCUAGUGCUUUGGCACCCGCUCGUUUUUAUAUUUAUUUCUGUUGCUUGUGCCUUCCAACCGCCUUAUAUAAUCACAAGACGUCCUUAAAGUUUCCAGCGUGACUUGCAUGCAUCCGGACUCCUCGGGGGCUCGCCCAUGGCUCGUUGGGCCAGCAGUCCAAGGGCAUUACCAUGAGGCACUGCAUUAAUUGCUGCAUACAGUUGUCACCCGACGACUCGCACAAACAGCGGGUCGGCUGCCGAGGAGGCCCGCAUCACAGUUGCCAAGAGUGCCCUGCAUGCAAAGGAGAAAACAAAAUUGUGUUUCGCGUGGACGGUAAGCAGAUGAACUUGCUUGCUGUUCUCGAAGUGAGGGCUGACGGGAACGAGAGCUGGGGUGGGUUUUUGCGCUUCAAGAAGGGGAAACGAUGUAGUCUCAUUUUUGGAUUGAUAAUAAUGAUCUUGGUGAUGGCGUCUUACAUCCUUUCUGGGGCCCACCAAGAGCUUCUGAUCUCAUCGCCUUUCCACUACGGAGCCUUCCCCAGCAAUCCCAGCUUGAUGGACGGUGAAAACCCGAGUGACAUGAAAGAGCAUCAUCACCAACCCUCUGUAAAUAAUAUUUCAUACGUGAAGGACUAUCCCAGCAUUAAAUUAAUUAUCAACAGCAUCACAGCCAGGAUAGAGUUCACGACCAGACAGCUCCCAGACGUAGAAGAUCUCAAGAAGCAGGAGCCGCAUAUGUUUUCGGUAAUCCCCAGUAAAUUUCUCCCAAGUAGUAAGAGCCCCUGUUGGUACGAGGAGUUCACGGGGAGGAACACCACCGACCCCUACCUGACCAACUCCUACGUGCUCUACUCCAAGCGCUUCCGCUCCACCUUUGACGCCCUGCGCAAGGCCUUCUGGGGCCACCUGUCCCACGCCAACGGGAAGCACUUCCGCCUCCGCUGCCUGCCCCACUUCUACAUCAUCGGGCAGCCCAAGUGCGGCACCACCGACCUCUACGACCGCCUCCGGCUGCACCCCGAGGUGAAGUUCUCGGCCAUCAAGGAGCCGCACUGGUGGACUCGGAAGCGGUUUGGAAUCGUCCGCCUGAGAGAUGGGCUGAGGGACCGCUACCCUGUGGAAGAUUAUCUGGACCUGUUUGACCUGGCCGCACACCAGAUUCAUCAAGGCCUGCAGGCUGGCUCUGCAAAGGAGCAGAGCAAGAUGAAUAGAAUCGUUAUUGGGGAGGCCAGUGCCUCCACCAUGUGGGAUAACAACGCCUGGGCGUUCUUCUAUGACAAUAGCACUGAUGGCGAGCCACCGUUUCUGACCCAGGACUUCAUCCACGCCUUCCAGCCAGACGCAAAACUGAUUGUCAUGCUCAGGGACCCUGUGGAAAGGUUGUACUCAGACUAUCUCUACUUUGCAAGUUCGAAUAAAUCUGCAGAUGACUUCCAUGAAAAAGUGACAGAAGCUCUGCAGCUGUUUGAAAAUUGCAUGCUCGAUUAUUCCUUGCGCGCCUGUGUCUACAACAACACCCUCAAUAAUGCCAUGCCUGUGAGGCUCCAGGUCGGGCUGUACGCCGUGUAUCUUCUGGACUGGCUCACUGUUUUUAAUAAAGAACAGUUCCUCGUUCUUCGCCUGGAGGACCACGCAUCCAACGUCAAGUACACCAUGCACAGGGUCUUCCAGUUUCUCAACCUUGGGCCCUUAAGUGAGAAGCAAGAGGCCUUGAUGACAAAGAGCCCCGCCUCCAACGUGCGGCGUCCCGAGGACCGGAACCUGGGGCCCAUGUGGCCGGUCACACAGAGGAUCCUGCAGGACUUCUAUGGGCCUUUCAACGUGAGGCUGGCACAGGUUCUCGCCGACGAGGCGUUCGCGUGGAAGACGACGUGA